GGCCCGGGGGCGGCGGGCGGCGUCGGGGGCGCCGAGUCUCGCGCGCCCGCGGGCCGGCGGGGCCUCCUUCAGAAGGCGUUUCCGGGUCUCAGUAGGCGUGAGUCCGAUGGAGCCGCCCGGGGGAGGCGAGCAGCCGCCGCAGCAGCCCUGGGGGAGGCUCCUCCGCCUGGGCGCAGAGGAGAGCGAGCCGCACGUCCUGCUGUGGAAACGCGAGUGGACCAUCGGGCGGAGGCGAGGUUGUGACCUCUCGUUCCCUAGCAAUAAACUGGUCUCUGGAGAUCACUGUAAAAUACUWGUGGAUGAGAAGUCUGGCCAGGCAACACUGGAAGAUACCAGUACCAAUGGAACUGUGAUCAACAAGCUGAAGGUGGUUAAGAAGCAGACUUGUCCUCUGCAGACGGGGGAUGUCAUCUACUUGGUGUACAGGAAAAAUGAGCCCGAACACAAUGUGGCAUACCUCUAUGAAUCUCUACGUGAAAAGCAAGGCAUGACACGAGAAUCCUUCGAAGCCAAUAAAGAAAAUGUGUUCCAUGUGACCAAAGAGUCCUCAGAUCCAGGACGGGGUGACGACCCCCAGGUCCCACCUUCGUUGUCUCCCGCCACUCAGGCAUGCUUGGAGGAACCACAGCCAUCAACAUCGACAUCAGACAUCUUCCCCAGGGCCUCCACCUCUUCCACAGAGCCAACUGCCACAGGGCGAGAGCAUUCCUUCAGCUCUGGACCCGGGGGUACAGGCUUCUCCCUAAAAGGAUGUGGUCCAUCUGUGGGAAGUGGUGAACUCUCCAGCCUUACGUCAGCUCUCCCAGACAGAGAGGGAGCACAGUUUUCUUUGCUGGAACCCCAGAACCAGGAGAAUCUGGAGCCCAUGAAAAAGAAAAUGAAAGCAGGUGAGGCACUUGACCCGAACCUGCAGCAGUUGGUUGCAUACCAGGGUAGAAAUACCCAACCUCCCCGUGAGGACGUCAGAGCUACUGCCAUGAAGCCAGACAAGAUGGAGGAGACGCUCACAUGCAUUAUCUGCCAGGACCUGCUGCAUGACUGCGUGAGCUUGCAGCCCUGCAUGCACACGUUCUGUGCAGCUUGCUACUCUGGCUGGAUGGAGCGCUCCUCCCUGUGCCCCACCUGCCGCUGUCCAGUGGAGCGGAUCUGUAAGAACCACAUCCUCAACAACCUUGUGGAAGCAUACCUCAUCCAGCACCCAGACAAGAGUCGCAGUGAAGAAGAUAUGAGAAGUAUGGAUGCCAGGAAUAGAAUCACCCAAGACAUGCUGCAGCCCAAAGUCAAGAGGUCUUUUUCUGAUGAAGAGGGGAGUUCAGAGGACCUGCUGGAGCUGUCAGAUGUUGACAGCGAGUCCUCAGACAUCAGUCAGCCAUACAUCGUGUGCAGACAGUGCCCCGAGUACAGAAGGCAAGCGGUACAGCCCCUUCCCUGCCCAGCACCCGACAGUGAGCCCGGGGCCCAGCAGGCCCUUGGUGGGGAUGCGCCAUCAGCGUCUGCCAGCUUCACAGCAGCAGCCCAGGAUUAUGUGUGCCCUCUACAAGGAAGCCACGCCAUCUGUACCUGCUGCUUCCAGCCCAUGCCUGAUCGGAGAGCRGAGCGGGAGCAGGACCCACGUGUGGCCCCUCAGCAAUGUUCAGUCUGCCUACAGCCCUUCUGUCACCUGUACUGGGGCUGUACCCGCACUGGUUGCUUUGGCUGCCUUGCCCCUUUCUGUGAGCUCAACCUGGGGGACAAGUGUCUGGAUGGAGUGCUGAACAGCAAUAACUACGAGUCAGACAUCCUGAAGAAUUACCUGGCAACCAGGGGUCUGACGUGGAAAAACAUGUUGACAGAGAGUCUUGUGGCUCUUCAGCGGGGAGUGUUUUUACUGUCUGAUUACAGAAUCACUGGGAACACUGUACUGUGUUACUGCUGUGGCCUGCGUAGCUUCCGGGAGCUGACCUAUCAGUAUCGGCAGAACAUUCCUGCUUCUGAGUUACCAGUGGCUGUGGCAUCCCGUCCUGAUUGCUACUGGGGCCGUAACUGCCGCACUCAGGUGAAAGCCCACCACGCCAUGAAAUUCAAUCACAUCUGUGAACAAACCAGGUUCAAGAACUGAACAUCAAGGGGACAUACAGGCAGAUUGGAGCACUGGAGGCAGGGACGCUGCAGUUAAGAAUUCUGAACACCAACACAUUAAGGGCAUUUUUACAGUCCCCCUAAGCAAUGCUGAGUCUCUGGUCAGUUCUGUUGUGUGACUUUUCCUUUUGUGGAGUUUAUUCCCAGGCAGCCUCUGGCCACAGCCAUCCUCCUGGUGAGUGGUAGGAGCAGCUGGCUGAGGCCUCCUGCCAGGUGCACAGCUGCCCCUCCCAUGGAGGUGGGGUAGUGCAGGUUUGCUCUUUUUGUACCUUUUCCAUAACUGCAGUUAAAAUGGAAAUCUCUUUUCAGGAAAAAUUUCACGAGAGAAAGAGGAAGUUUAGUCAGAAGCAUUCUGCUUAAGGAAAGGGAGAGUAAGUUUACAGCCUACAGGAUGUACAGAAUACAACGCUGUUGAGGAAACCAUACCUUUUAUAUAUUUUUAAUGGGUUUGGUGCUUAUCUGAUAAGAUUUAAAUAUUACAAACUGUAGCACAAAUAAUAUAAUUUGCAAAUUUACUAAAAUCGGGGAUAGUAUGAUAUUUGAAAGAAUGAGCAUAUGUUUCUAUUUGUUAAAACAAUCAUCAAAUGUCCACAACAGCUAACCCUGGACGUGACUUUCAGGUUAGCAGCUCCUUUCUAAAGUGUGUGAGUUGCGUCGGCUGUCCUCAAUGCAGGGCUGGCAGGUCCUUUUGUGGAGGGAGGAUGAGGUUGCCAGCCCUGCGAGAUCCCCCUGCAGCUGGGUGGGUCUGGGGCCACUGCUUCCUGAUCCCUUUCCUCCUCUGUUAGGUUUGCCAUGUCAUCUGGAAUAAUACUUGAAAUUUUGUUUUUUGUUAAAAAAAAAAAAAAAAGAAAAAGAAAAGAAAAAGUUUUUUUAUCUUUUGUCGAAAUCACCUGUUAAGUUUGUUUGCAAACUGGUAACUUUUUUGCUUCUUCUCAGGAAUACAAUUUUCAACUGUUGUCUUGCUCUUGAUACAGACUGAGAGGCAGCAUUCUGUAUUUGUGGGAGAAAGUUCUCUUUUUUGAUUCUAAUA